ACGCCACCGGGGGAGGAAGCAGAUAUCGUAAUGACCAUAUCCUCGGAGUUAAGGUCGCGGGGGAGACAUAAAUAGGGGUGGAGGAGGCAGGAGAAGUAUCAGUUCCAUCCAAGUCUUCAGUCAGCUCACAAGCGGGGUAUACUGAGAAUCAUGUGGAAGGCCGUAUUGUUACUGAGCUCCGCGAGUGUUGUCCUGCAGAUGGCAGUGGCGCAGAGCGGAGCAGAGAGCUUACCCUUCCACGGAUACAUUCCCGGAGAUAGUGUCAGGGCGAAUGCUCCCAGAGGGGAUGGUCAACCCAACGACAUCUAUCUCGCCUACGAGAAACCGCCCGUGCUCCAAGACGACGAGGUGGUGCUCUACCCCCGUAACCUUGAGGGCUUCGGUUUCGAGUAUGGUCAGGACCCCGAGGAACACGUCUAUCAGAUCCACAAAGCAAGCAAGCUGCAGCACAAGUUCGACAAGCAUAGCAAGCACUCACACGACCAUAGUAAAGGCAAGACACUGACAGCUGCCUCCGCUGGCAGCGAAGUCGUUGACCAGACAUUCCCUCAAGCCCUCACCGGUCCCCUGCCAGGACCCAACUAUUCCCCUCCUUCCGCUCCUCACUAUCCUUUCCCUGCCCCUUCCCCAGGCGGCUAUCACAUUCCUGGCUACCAGGGAUAAGGUGCACGCUCUCGCAUCUCCUUUUGUAAAUAACUAUUCUUCCUGUUCAAUCCUGUCAAGCCCUUCUCAGUCCAGCUGGCUUGUCAGUUCUCAGCAUCAGCCUCUCGUCCCUGUUCAUCAAUCAGCAUCCUGGAAACUCGAGGGUUCCAGUCACUCAUACAACUUUCCGUCCAACCGAUUCAUUCUUAGCCUUAUUAGUUUCUUUCCUCCAUAUACCGUAACUUCUAUUAUGUCCUCCCACGAUCAUUCCAGGCCUCCAGUUACCUAAUUUCCUCGGGAUUUUCCAGGAUUCAAGUGCCCUAAAAUUCAUCUAUCAAAGAUCUCAACGUCCAUUCUCUGAGUUCUGUAUCCUACCCUCCACAUCCUCAUCAGGAGUCUGGUAUGCUAUCAUCUUACGCCCACCCUGAGCCACUUACGCUACCUUCUCCGCGACCCAUCCCAGUCCUUCAUCCUACCGUCCCCGUCUAUACCGAGUCCUUCGUCCCAUCUUCCGCAACCCACUCCAAGAGCAAUUCAUACAACCUGCUUUCCCUUGGCAACUUUAAAGGUACCUUAUCCUAUCUUACACCUACCACGCCAUGUGUCCCUCAUCCUACACUGCCAUUUCAUCAAUAGCCCAUGAAUCAUCAACUAAUUCUUGGUAUCGAUGGUCUCCGUCCUUCUCUCUGCUUAAGGAAACCUGGAGACCUCUCACCAACUCUUCGUCAGGGAUCACUCCAUCUCAUUCUGGAAGUCGUUCAUGCCUGAUCUCUCCUUCUAACUGACCUUCCAGCUGCCUUAACAUUGUCCUGUGUCAUACAUUCACCUCCCGGGUGGAAGGAUUCCCACAAUGCCGUAUCAGGGCAUUAAGUCCCAUCUUGGGCAUUACUAGUAGUUGGGCAUUAAAGAGUCCUGCCACACCUUCCUUAUUCCUGCCACUGAUCCUACGCUUAUAAAGGCCCAGUACCUCCUAGUAUCCUAUAGAAGAGUCUUGGCCAUUACUCAUCCUACAGGCAUCCUAGGAUAUGUCCCUCCAGAAGGAAUCCAUUCUGUAUUCUUUGUGUCUGCAGAAUCCUUUACCUAAUCCUUCAGCAACUUAAAUUCUUUAAGUAGUCCUUCAAGGUCCCAUCCUUUAAGCGCUUCUGCAACGAACCUAUACUGCUAGCAAUCCUACAGGAGCCCUAUCUUCCAAGCAAACCUCCACCCCAUCCUGCAACAAUCCUACUAGCAAUUGAGCAACUCCUUCAUCCUUCAAGCAGUCUUGUUCAAGUGCCAUCCUUCAGGGCCAGAGUCAUCCCAUCCCUCACUCCAACUAUUCCCACGAGACCUGCUAUCCUUCAUAUCAUCCUAUAUCCCCACCAUCCUUCAAACAUCCUCCAAAAUCCCGCACUCCUGUCCUGGCAGGAUCGGCAAGGCCAAGAGAUGUCAACAGGACAUCAGUUCUGUCCUCGCUAUGUGAUAUUAAUAUAUUUAUAAAUGUUGAUAUAUAUAUACCUGUACCUGCACAUUCGUGUAUAACUGAUGGUAUUUGAUGAAUCAAAAUGUAUGCUGUAUUAUAUACAACAAAACUACCUUUAUAAAAAUGUUGAGUGUGUUUGGCGCCAUGAGUAGUCGAGCUGAGUGAAAGAAUUUGCCAGAGGCAAUGUUCCUAUUUAUACAAUGUGCACUGAUAAUGACGAAAACAAAAAAUAUAUAUAUACAAAUUA